AGAAAAAACCUCGAAAAACGCGAAGGUUCCGAGAGCUCGAGGUCGAGAGGGCUUCAAUGGAAAGCUUCAGCGCUCGCCGGAGAGCACCAGCGGCUGUGGAAAUCGAGGAGGUGACUGUGGUUGGACAAGGAGGAGACGAGGCGGUGGAGAAGAAGGUGUUUGUUGCCGUGGAGAAGGAGCUGAAGCAGGGUAAGUAUAAACUCCAAUGGGCGAUCCAGAACUUCUCGGCAGAGGUGGUGAUUGUGCUCGUUCAUGUACAUCGGCCCCCGCAGUGGAUUCCGAUCAUGGGGGCAAUGUUUCCUGUAAGUCAGCUAAAAGAGCAGCAAGUUAGAGCUUAUAGACAACUUGAAAGGGAGAAGACGAAUGAAAGUUUAGAUGAAUACAUGCAAGUAUGCCAACAGCUAAAGGUACGAGCUGAAAAGCUUGUGAUUGAGAUGGAUGAUAUUGGGAAGGGGCUGGUCGAGGUUGUUCGUCAACAUAGGGUCACUAAUCUUGUCAUGGGAGCUGCAGCUGACAAGCACUACUCAAAGAAAUUGAAGGCGCUAAGGUCAAAGACUGCAAUUCGUGUAAAACAAGAAGCUCAUCCAACGUGCAUGAUAUGGUUUGUCUGCAAAGGAAAUCUGAUCUACACAAGGGAAGGCAGUGGUGAUGGAUUUGGUAUAGCAGAGUCACCCAUGUCCAGGCCAGUCAACAAAGCAUACCAGCAAUUGAGCUCUUUACCUCAAGGACCAGGUGAAUCAGUUGCCUGGUUUGCUAAUCCUACGAAAGAGCUCUUUGGCCACAGGCCAAGCUCUGGGGAUUUGUAUUCAGGAGGGGAAACCUUUUCAGCAUCGCCCUGUUUGUCCCCCACUCAGAUAUCUGUGACAUUGAGCAUGGAAAGAACUGAGGGCGGGAAGAUAGAUCCUUGGGAAACAAAAUCUAGGAGGGGUUCAACAAAUUCUCAGGGUUCAUCAUCGUCGACGAGUGAUGAAGUGCUUUGCAACCCGGAUUCAUUGUUGCCAUUUAAUGAGGAAGAUAAUGAAGAUGGAUCAUUGGUGCUCCAAUCAGUGCCUGAAUCUGAUGAGGAUCUUCAGUUCUUUUCUGCAUCUAAUGAACUGGAAGAUGAGGUGGCAAGUGCUGAAGUAUAUGAUAAACUUCAACGGGUUCUAAGGGAGGCAGAGAACUCAGAACGCGAGGCAUAUAAUGAGCGAUGCAGACGUCGGAAAGCCGAAGUAGAAGUGGGUCAUGCUGUUAGACUAGCCAAAUCAUCAGAGCUCCUUUAUGCUAGGGAAGUGAGGAGAAAGAUAGAAAUUGAGGAAGAAUUGGAUAGAAUACAUCUGGAAUUUGGAACAUUCAAGAAUCAACAAGAUGUGAUCUGUGAAGAACUCCAGAAGCUAAAUGAGCAGAAUUCAGCGUUGGAACUCCAGGUUGUUGACACAGAUGACAUAGUCAAGAAUAUUGAAGGGAAGCUAUCGGUGAUCCAAUACUCUCUCCACUCACUCCAUGAAAAUAACAAAGUGCUACAAGGAGAACGAGAUAAUGUAGUCAGGAAAGUUAGAGAGUUACGCAGAAAGAAUGAACAGAAAUUGAUCUCUGAUGGAGCUGUAAAUUUUCCAUAUUUUUCAUGCUUGGAACUUCAAGAAGCAACUAGAGAUUUUGACGUUGCUCUAAAGGUUGGAGAAGAUGAAUUUGAAAAUGUUUACAAGGGUUGGCUUCGGAACGCAGCAGUAAUAAUAAAAAUAUUGAAUCCUCAAGGCACAGAAGUACUUCCAGAUUUUCUCAGAGAGUUGAAUGUUCUUUGUAGGCUGAGGCACCCAAACAUUGUGGCUCUACUUGGUGCAUGUCCAGAAGCCUUCACUCUUGUAUACGAGUUCCUUCCUAAUGGAAGUCUUGAAGAUCGUCUUGUCUCGAAGAGAAACACUCCUUUCACGUGGCAAGCUCGCACACGCAUUGCCACCGAGAUUUGUUCAGCGCUCAUAUUCCUCCACUCAAGUAAACCCUACCCCGUGGUCCAUGGUGACCUCAAACCUAGUAACAUCCUUCUUGAUGCCAACUAUGUGAGCAAACUCAGUGACACUUGCAUCUCCCACCUUGUUGGCAAUUAUGUCACUGCAAACAGCACCAUCAAUACCAGAAUAUACAGCCAUAGUCAUCUCAAGGACACAUUUACUUACAUGGACCCAGUGUUCCUUGCCACUGGGGAGCUCACGCCGUUAUCUGAUGUCUACUCAUUUGGUGUCAUAUUGCUACAUCUCCUGACAGGAAGACGAAUGCUCGGAAUUGUUAGAGAAGUGCAAGAGGCAUUAGAGAAAGGUUUCCUGCAUGAGAUUAUAGACCCUUCAGCAGGCAACUGGCCUUUUUCUCAUGCCAAACAAUUGGCACAAAUUGGUUUGAAAUGCUGUGAGAUGAACCUAAAGAACCGUCCAGAUCUAGCUAGUGAAGUCUGGAGUUCGCUUAAUAUGAUGAUGAAGCCUUCCCUAAUGACUGUUCCAUCACUUUCAUUUUUGUCAGAUUCAGAGGACAUUCAGAUACCGAGCUACUUUAUCUGUCCAAUUCUUCAGGACGUCAUGAAAGAUCCGCGUAUCGCAGCUGAUGGUUUUACUUAUGAAGCCAAGGCUCUUAACGGUUGGUUCAACAGCGGCCACGAUACAUCGCCGAUGACCAAUCUGAAACUCCCUCACUGCAAUCUCAUCCCAAAUCAUGCUCUCCGAUUAGCAAUACGAGAAUGGUUACAGCAGCAGGCAUGAUCUAUGUAUGUAUAUUAUUCUUCAUACUUCACUUCCGAAGUUCAAAUUUUGUCUACUUUGUUUAGGUGAUGUAAUUUCUAUAGUCCUUCCUGCAAUCUGUAAAUAGAGCUUGUUCACAAUGUUAGCAAGUCCAAUGUGUACAUUAUCAACUUAAUUCCCUUACAUAGGACUAAUUCCAAUUUUCACCUGAGUUAUCAAGGAAAGAA